AUGCCCACUGAGCAGGAGCUGGACCAGAUCUUCCUCGCCGCGGCCGAGCGGGCCGGCGGCAUCCAGCCCCUGCUGACGUCGUUCUUCGGCUUCCUGCACCGGCGCACGGACUUUUACAUCGAGCACGGCGGCGUCAAGGGCCGGGCGUACGACGCGGGCUUCGCGCCCGGGCAGGCGGAGGCCAUGGUCCGCGCGGCGUUCAUGGCGCACCCGACGCGGCCGCUCGAGGGCAGCAACGUGGAGCGGUCCGCGGCGGCGCACCGCGCCGGCUGCGAGGCGACGCUCGUCGAGCGCGCGCGCGACAGGAAGGCGCGCGCGCCGGCGCCGGCGCCGGCGCCGGCCGCGCGCGGCGCCGACGGCCGCUACGACGGCGUGCGCUACACCGACGACGGCGUCCAGAUACCCGUCGGGAACGGCGGCAUCGCCGCGACCCACUCCUGGACGCAGACGCUCUACGAGACGACGGUCACGAUCGACGUCCCGGCCGCCACGAAGGCGAAAGACGUGGCGUGCAAGAUCUCCGCGCGGGGGCUGACGCUGGACAUCGCCGGCGGCGCGGUGUCCCUCGCGGGCAACUGGUACGACGUCAUCGACGCGGGCGCGUCGUGCUGGACGCUCGACAGGCCCGGGCGCGACCGCGCGUGCCUCGUGCUGACGCUCGAGAAGACGCAGGAAACCUGGUGGCGGUCCGUCUUCAAGGACGCGCCCAAAGCCGACCAGAUCGACGCCCAGAAGGUCGACUCGACGAAGCGCAUGGACGAGUACGACGAGAAGACCCAGGCCGGCAUCCGCAAGUGCAUGUUCGACCAGCGCCAGCGGCGGCGCGGGCUCCCGACGUCCGAGGAGAGCCAGGUCGACAGCAUACUCGAGAGCGCGAAGAACCUGCCCAACUCACCUUUCCGCACGGACGGCCCGCCGCCGGACCUGUACCCGCCGGCGCCGCCGACGCCCUGA